AUGGGGCGACGGCGGCGGCGGCUGGAGCGGCAGGCUGGGGCUGGGGCAGAGGCCCUGCCUGAGGCCAUCGCCGCGCUGAGCCGGACACUGCCCACCAGGCCCAACCCAGAGACGUUCCGUCGCGCCAAGUUCGAUCUCCCGGAGGCGGCCCCUGCACUCUGGCGACUGCUCUUCCACGUACUCUUGCGGGAGGACGACGGCACCGCCGUGCCAUACCCCGAGGCCCAGGUCCGCCUGGUGAAGUCAGCACUCCGUGCCCACGGUUACCCUCGGCCCGCACUCACACAGCUCCCAGAAGACGGCUCCCAGGGCAGCCGGGAGCUCCUGCUGGCCCUGUCCUGGCUCCUGGCUGGAGGGUCCCUGCUAGGGCGGUUGCUGACCCGGACCCAUGUGCUCACUGGGGACCAGAUGCCUAUGUGUGAGUGUGAAGACCUCGCCCAUGCCACGGCCUGCCUAGACCUGCCUGCACCUUGCAAGGACACCAGCAACGGCCUCGACAUGCGCUAUGUGCAGUGGCUGAUGGGAAAGCUUCGCUUCCGGUGGCUGAACCUCAUAUGUGGUCACCAGGAGCAGUGUGCCCUCUUGAGCAAGAUUCACCAGUACACCCAGGGCUGCCACAGCAACCAGAGCCUGGGCCAUCUGUCUGCUGCUGAGACAGAGCUGCUCAGAGACCCAGAGGCAGGUCAGCAGCUGCUGUGGAGGCUGGAGCGUGAGAACGGACGCCUGGAGGCUGCUCUCGAGUGGCGGCGCCUGGAGCCGAUCUUCUGGCAGUGGAUGGACACAGUGCUGGGUGCCUGCCCCCAGUGUCCAUCAGACACUGGCCCACAGCCCACAUUUCAGGCUGCCAUCUCUGACCGGGGCCAUGAGGAGUUAGAGCUGGUCACUCGGGAGCUGCAGGCUCUGUGGCAGGAGUUGCAGUUGGCUGCAGAGGCACGGCGAACAGCAUGGGAGGCCCAGGUCCAGAUCCAGGGGCUGGAGUUGAGCACCCCCCAAGUGCUGGUCUCAGAGGCAAUGGUGGAGCGGCAGCUGGCAACCCUGCGGCAGGCCUGGGAACAAUGGGGGGCCCUGCCCCAUGGGCCACACCGGCUGGUGAGACCUCCGGCCAGAGAGACAAGAGCCUGGAGCAUGGCAGGCCCAAAGCUACUCCUGGAGCACAGCAUGGAGGCACUCCCAGGGCCAUAGCGCUGCCCUGGCAAUGGUGCUGCUUUGUCUUGUUCUAGCCUUGGAUCUUUUUGGCUUCUGACUGUCACCCUUCCACUCGGCUCGAGGCCUUGUCUCUUAACACUAGGCAGCCCAGCCGCACUUGUUUGUGUGGGGCGGAGCUGUAGGCCCCCUAAAGCCCACCCAGCCAGUGCCCAUGGGGAAGUCUCCAUGGUCGUGUGGAACCUCCCGCUUUGGCUGGAAACUUUGUAAGUGACAUUUUAGGAGAAGAAUUUGGUUGGGCAUGUGCUUUGGGGACUCUGAUGACAUGACUGCUUCUUCUAAGAGCCAGCCUCUCCAGCUGCGCUCCGGCCCUGCGUCCUGGGUCCAGUUGUAGGGCAGCGACUGAAGCCACUCCCUGCAGUCCCCGGCGAUGUUGGCUUCAGCUCACCUGUGUGCCUUCUCUGGACUCUUCUAAGAUUGCUUGUGCUGCAUCAACCCCACAAGGUCACUUGGACGUGAAAUGCACCAAGGCUUGCUUUUCGCUCCUGUGUACAAGGCUCCUUUUCCCAUUCUCUGAUUUCCAACCUGCCUGUGUACGUAAUUAUUUUUCAUUUAAGCACCGAAUCAACAAAAGUUCAAAAUAAUUUGAGUUGAAAUUCACAUACCGGAACCCCACCCCCACCCCCAGUUUAACAUGAACAGUGCACCUGCAGCCAGUGCAUUCCAGGGGCUGUGCAGCCAUCAGCUCGGGUUCGAAGUGUCUGCAUCAUUGUAGCCUCUUAAGUGCUAGGCAGUCCCUACCAUGCUCCUUCCCCACCCUUAGCAACUAUUUCAGGUAAACAGACUCAAACAAGACAGGACUUGUGUCUCAUUCCUUUCAUUUAGCAAAGUGCAUUAAAGGCUCAUCCACAUUG